GCUGCUCUCAGUUCUCCGUGUCAACUCUUUCUUAUUCCCCCUUGGGAAGAGCUCGUCUACCAUUCGCCCAGAAUACCAGAUUGCGUACAAGUAGCGUGUGCAAAGCACGUAUUGGCUCUAGGCACGGAGUCUUCUGCAAUUUGGUGUAGCAGCAGCGACAGGGAACCUUACCUGGGUAAUCUUGGAUCUAUCACGACCCCUCGGUACACAGUACAUCACACGCGACCGCCAUAACGACUGUACCAACUUUCGAGAUUCCGGUCACGCAAAACCUGCUGCCUGCGCCUGCCUACUUUUCCAAAAGUCCCCCCGGGCUGUGAACCUCCACUAUCACUAUCUCUUGCCAAACACAACCAGAUACGGUGGUGCGACGUUUCUCUAAGACGACAACCAGCCAGGUCUAGAUACACCAACACUGAUAGGCGAUUUUUGCCCUCACCCUGGCAUUUCUUCGACAAGGCAGGAAAACCCGACGACCAACCUGGCAGCAGGCAACACACCAUAUCCGAAGUCCUCCAGACCUCUCCGCUCUCCUCUCCACGCGUCCUUUCACCUCAGUGUUUCUUGGACGGCCAUAAUACGAAUCUCGUCGUGCUAGAAUCUACCAGAACCAAGCCGCGCGCGCUUCAGGGCUCGCUCCGGCGCAAAUAGCGCUGAUGUGGUUCUUCGGAGUAAUUUCGUCUGCCAUUUUCCUCCUCUCCAUCAUCCUCUCCAUACCGAUUGCUUUCGAUGUUGGGGGACGGGAUUGCGGGCUGGCGUUUUCCUUGAGUCUGUUUUAGUCCGUAUAAUUCUUCCACCACCCCAAAUUCCUUGCUGACCAUGAGGACAGUUUCUACUUUUUCUAUUCCACACUGAAGCUAGCUACUCCCGAACGCUCGAGGGGAAGAUGGGCUCUAGGACAGUUGAUUUCAAUAUCGCAGUGGAUACUGCUGCCAGGGCUUUUGAUAUGGAGCAUGAACAGGUUUGCUGUGGACUCGAACAACAGUGGAGAUUGGGUUGCAAGAACCUUCAACCAUAAGAGGGCGCAAGAUACAAGUGUCAGGGAAUGGAUAUUUGGGGCUGGGGGGCUACUAGAAAUGAUGACGGUUGGCACAUGGGACAAGGUCCUUCGAUACUCGACACCAUUAUUUCAGUUGGCCGAGGGGUUUUGCAGCUUACUUGUGAUACAAGCUGCCGGUCAAAUUACAAGAUGGCUAGUCAACCGUGGACGAAGCGAUACAUGGAUGAUAGGGCUAUUGGUCUUAUCAGCAUCCAUCAUAUCUAGUUCCGUCUACUUCCUCUGGAGAAUCACCAACUUUCCAGAAAUCUCCAAUGUGGAUGCCAGUCUAAUUGGAGUCACAGUCACUUGCGCAGUGUUCCUGUGUGCUUGGGGAAUUGGUAGUGGGAGAGGAAACCCGGUGGAAAGUUCACUAUUGUUUGCAUAUGUGGUACUGUGCAUGUACCAGAUCUUCACCGAUUAUCUCCCAGCGACAACGAUGGAGAUUCCUCCAGCUCAACCAGAAUUUCCCCCAUUUCCACCGAUCAUUAUGGCCUCAUAUUCGACACUGGUCUAUAUGCUGUCCACCUUGCCUACGGCAGUACAUUCUAGCUUUACGUUUCUUUACGCAGCAUUCCAGACGAUUACUCCAUCCGUCCUAAUUUCUCUCGCAUAUCGCAUCUUCGUUUUCUAUGCAGCCACUCGUAUCAUUCCCGCAGUACGGGAAUCAGGAGCCCGAGCAUUGUCCCAAGAGCCAAGUUUGGAUGAUAGUGAUGGAGCUGGCAAAAUCCUCGGAUUGCUGAGCUGGUUUAGUCCAAGUAUUCUCAUCGCUGUAUACACCAGUCUGCUCAUGCAGCAUUUCUCAACCACUUCGGCUGAAGGGAAUGAUGCCGAAUGGUGGACCAUGCAAGGCGGUGAUACUGGCGGUAAUGUUUGGAGAUGGGUUAAUGUAGUUGGAACGAUGGCACUUUAUGCCGUGGAACUGUACCUGGGGAAAGAGGAUGUGGAUGGUUCGCUCACGGGACACUGGAAAACGGACUGAUCCAGUCGCAGAUGCGGGAAAUCGCGCAAGCGAUCUUCACCGUCGACAAAACUAUGAAGCGGCUAUGCCCAAAUAGUGAGGGCAUGGAGCAAGUAUACAGAUCAUCCCGGAGGUCUAGAUAUAAAGGAGAAGAAGAGAAGAUAUAAGGCACCCCUGUUCGGUGAAAGAAAGUAGGCACAGAGGGAAUGGAAACAUGAAGAGAAAGGCGAAGCGUACCGUGGCACGGUUACUUUGAGGGGGUUUACUUGUACAUAUGGUACUGAGAUACCUUUCCCCCUUUCUCUUUCCUCUUUUUUUGUUGGAGCGAUUGAGUUCGGUUGAGAGGGGAAGAGGCGAGAUGACUCAGAUGAGCGAUAAGAGAUGAUACCCCUUUUCCGGCCGAGAGAUGAGUGGAGAGGGAGAGGCAAUUUGUAUGGUUGGGCCCGUUGGGGAUGGAUGGAUGGGGGGCAGAGGCAUACAUAAAGUUAUGAAUGGAAUAAUCUAUGAUUUUGGC